AUUUCAUUGUUACACAACGAUAAGUUUUGAAUCAGAAAAUGAUCAAAUUAACCCAACAUAGAAUAAUCGCAACUCUUGGUAAGCAUUCAAUCUUCAAGCGAUAUUUUCUUCAACAUAAGAAUAUCUGCGAGCUAAAUCGUUGCAACAGCAAGAACAUACCAAUAAAUACACGUGUUCUAGUUCAUAAUCGUUAUCCCUUCAUUCUUACCAGCCAAAAAUUCAUUUCCUCUGUUGUUACUCAAUACACAAAACACGCUCCUUAUAGUAUUUCAAGGAACGGUUUUCCUUUUUCUCCUGCAAAUUGUGGAGUUGCAAAUAGUAGCUUACCAUUGUUGCAACGCAGAGAAAAGAGUGGCAGUGUUGUUACCAUGUCGAGUCAGCUUACAGUGGUGAACAGUGAACGGGCACCCAAAGCACUGGGUCCGUACAGUCACUCAGUUAAACAUGCCGGAGUGGUUUAUGCGUCCGGACAAAUUGGAAAUGAUCCUCAAACUGGAAAACUGGUCGGUGACCUAGUUACGGACCAGGCCGAACAAGCUCUCAAGAACCUGCAGAAUGUUCUAGAAUCAUCUGGAAGCUCAUUUGAAAACGUGAUCAAAACAACUGUCUUUCUUGUUGACAUGAAAGAUUUCCCAUCUAUUAACUCGGUUUAUGUCCAGUUUUUUGGAGAAUCUGGGCCUUCCAAUGGUCAUAAGCCAGCCAGGUCUUGCGUUGAAGUCGCAGCCCUCCCAUUUGGUGCUAAAUUUGAAAUUGAAGCUAUAGCUGCAGUCAUAGACGCGGAAACAAGAAUCUCUGGGGGAGAUGAACGAAAUGCUAUUUGAACAGAAGAAGCUAAUUAGCGACUCUAGUUAAGUUGUAUUCUAAAUGGAUGGCAAUAAACUAUUAAAAAUUGGCCAAUUGUAGUUUAUGUAUGUGCAUACUUUAUAUCAUUCUAGGUAUCAGAUUAUUUUUUUCAAUUUAA